AUGACAAACGCUGCUGAUGAAAAUGAAGCUAAAUUAAUGAUAAUGGAACCAAAGGAAGACGAAAGACUAUCAAAAGAAGUUUAUGAUACUGAAAAUGCAAUGCCAUUAACUGAAAAAUUAGUUGCUGAAUUAAGAGAAAGAAUAAAAAGAGAACUUAGAAUGCCUCGUUAUAAAUUAGGAAUAUAAAUAAUUUUGGGAGAAAUUAAAGGAUAAGGUUUAAGAAUAGCAUCAAAAUGUUUAUGGGAUGUUUAAAAUGAUAAUUAUACAAGCUAUACAUUUACAAAUGAAAAAAUAUAUUGUACAGGAAUUUGUUUUGGAUGUUAUUUCGAUUGAAUAAAGUUAUAUUUUAUAUUAUUUUUUUUUUAAAUAAAAUAAAAAUCGAAUAAA